UCCUUGGCCAUUAACGCGACCCGGACGGUACCUUGUUCCCUCGCCACUCACCGGCUGCAUGCGCUCGCAUCGCAUUCCCUCGCGGCUUCGCUUUUACACCCGCCAAAAGCAGCGGAAGCGAGCAGAUUGUGCGAACCAGUGGAGACCGGAGAGAAGAGGAGGAGGAGGAGGAGGAGGAAGCAUGGCGGAGGAGGCUGCGUACCUGUGGAUACUGUUGCUGUUUUCCUUGGUUGCCUCGAUCGGCUCAGCUGCUGCUGGUGGUGGUGCUACUGGUUUAGACCACGGCGACGGAGAGUUGGAUGCCUUGUUGAAGGUCAAGACUGGUCUGGUGGCGCCCGGGAGCUCCGCGCUCGAUGACUGGUCGGCCGCCGCGGAUGGCCAUUGCGAUUGGUUCGGCGUUACCUGCGAUCACGACUCGCGGGUGGUGGCGUUGGACCUCUCGUUUACUCCCCUCAAUGGCACGCUCCCGGCGGACGUGGGUCGCCUUCGCCGCCUCGUCAACCUUUCUAUUUCCUCCGCCGGCGUCCGCGGUCCCCUCCCGGCGGAGCUGGCGGCGCUCCCUGCGCUGCGGUAUCUCAACGUUUCCGACAACAACUUCGACGGGAUGUUCCCGGACGUUGCCGCCGGUGGGUUCCCGGAGCUGGAGGUCAUCGACGCUUACAAUAAUAACUUUUCUGGCCCGCUUCCUGUGGGGUUGGCAGGUGCGCUGCGGCUCCGGUACCUCCACCUCGGCGGGAACUACUUCACCGGGAUGAUCCCUGAGGCUUACUCCGACAUCGCCAACCUCGAGUACCUCAGCCUCAACGGUAAUGCGCUUGGCGGGCGUAUCCCGGCGAGCCUCGGCCGGCUGUCGAAGCUUAAGAAUUUGUACCUCGGGUAUUAUAACAAUUUCGACGGCGGCAUACCGCCGGAGUUCGGUGGGUUGUCUUCGUUAGUCUUGCUCGAUAUGGGUAACUGCGGCCUCUCUGGAACGAUUCCGCCGAGCCUUGGACGGCUGAAGAAGCUUGAUACGCUCUUUCUCCAGAUCAAUCGGCUCUCCGGUGAGAUCCCGCUGGAACUCGGACGACUCGACAGGUUGCAAUCGCUGGAUCUUUCCAUCAACGAGCUGUCUGGCGAGAUUCCCUCCAGCUUUGCCGAGCUUAAGGAGCUGAAGCUGAUGAGCCUCUUCAACAACCAACUCCGGGGAGCCAUCCCGGCGUUCAUCGCGGAUCUUCCAAAUCUCGAGGUGCUCCAGCUGUGGGAGAACAAUUUCACCAUGGCGCUUCCUCAAUCGCUGGGCCGCAACGGCCGCCUCGUGAAAUUGGACAUUGCUACGAAUCGGAUAACGGGGAUGAUUCCGCCUGAUCUCUGCUUCGGCGGGCGGCUUGAGAUGCUGGUGCUGAUGAACAACAAACUGUUCGGCUCGAUUCCUGAAGAACUCGGUGGCUGCAAGUCGCUGACUCGGGUUCGACUCGGCAAGAACUUCUUGAAUGGGACGAUCCCCGGCGGGCUUUUUGAUCUGCCUCACAACGACAUGUUGGAGCUCAGCGAUAAUUUCCUAUCCGGCGAGUUGCCUUCUGUGAUCGGAGGGGAUAGCCUCGGCACGCUGAUCCUCUCCAACAAUUUGAUCAGUGGCUUGAUACCGCCGGCGAUCGGCAGUUUACCUGCACUCCAGACUCUCGCUCUCGACGCUAAUUGGAUCUCCGGCGCUAUCCCACAUGAACUAGGCCUGAUGAGGCAGCUUUCGAAGCUUAAUCUUAGCGGCAACAUGCUUUCCGGUGUCAUUCCCGCUGAUCUGACCCGCUGUUCCACCCUUGGCUCGAUCGAUCUCAGUCGAAACAAAUUGAUGGGAGUUAUUCCGGAGGACAUCGCUAAGCUGGAGAUCCUCAACACCUUGAACCUCUCGCGAAACUUGCUGGUCGGUGAAAUCCCGCCGGAUUUACAGCGAAUGAGAAGUCUGACCGCACUCGAUCUCUCGCACAACCUCCUUUUCGGCCGAAUUCCCUCACAAGGGCAGUUCCUGGUGUUCAACGACAGCAGUUUCUUCCAAGGGAACCCCGGGCUGUGCGGCCUGCCGCUGGACCCUUGCCCAGAGGGGGGCAACUUCGACGGCGCCUCCGGUUGGGGCACUGUGCGGCCGCGACAAUGGGACUCGAAGAGGGUGCUGCCAUGGGCAGCCCUCAUGGCGGCAGUGCCUCUGACGGCGAUAGCAGCGAAGGGUUGGGCGCUGUGGAGGGACCGACGGAACAAGGGGUGGAAGAUGACGGCGUUCCAGCGGCUGGACUUCACGGCUGAGGACGUGAUUGAAUGCCUGAAAGACGACAACGUGAUCGGAAAGGGCGGAGCGGGGAUCGUCUACCGAGGGAGCAUGGCAAGCGGGAGGGAGGUGGCGAUCAAAAGACUGGUGGGGAGGGGGGCCGGGGCGGAGCACGACCGGGGGUUCACGGCGGAGGUGACGACGCUGGGGCGGAUCCGGCACCGGAACAUCGUGCGUCUGCUGGGCUUCAUGUCGAACAGGGAGACGAACCUGCUGGUCUACGAGUACAUGCCCAACGGCAGCCUGGGCGAGAUGCUGCACGGCAACAAAGGGGCACACCUGGGAUGGGGCGCGAGGUGGCGCAUCGCGGCGGAGGCAGCCAAGGGCCUCUGCUACCUCCACCACGACUGCUCGCCGCCCAUCCUGCAUCGCGACGUCAAGUCCAACAACAUCCUGCUCGACUCCAACUUCGAGGCCCAUGUCGCCGACUUCGGCCUCGCCAAGUUCCUGCACGACCCGGGCGCCUCCGAGUGCAUGUCCGCCAUCGCCGGCUCCUACGGCUACAUCGCUCCAGAGUAUGCAUACACCCUGCGGGUGGAUGAGAAGAGCGAUGUUUACAGCUUCGGUGUUGUGCUGCUGGAGCUUAUCACUGGCCGCCAUCCGGUGGGCGGGUUUGGGGACGGUGUGGACAUUGUCCGAUGGGUUAGCAAGACAAUAUCCGAAGUGCCAACCGGAGGGACUGACUCGGCUGCUGCCAUCUUCUCAGUGAUCGACCGGAGGCUGGCCUCAACUCCAAUGGACCUAAUCACUAACCUGUUCAAGGUGGCAAUGCUUUGCGUGGAGGAGAGCAGCACAGCGAGGCCGACGAUGAGGGAGGUGGUGCAUCUGCUUUCCAAUCCAACUUCCACUCUCCAUGGCCUCAGCUUGUGAGGGACUUAACUCACUGUUAUGGGAUUUUGCUAUUUAAAGUAAGCUAUAUGUCGAUGAUGGCAAUAUGUGAAGUCGAUGACUCGAAAGGUGCUAUAAGAACUCUAAUUUGAUCUCAAUAAGGCUAAAAAUAUGUAUGGAUGAUGACUAAUGUAUUUGAAUCUCGAAAUGCACUGUGAAAGACAUGAAUGCAUGGAUAUAUGUAUACAUGUCAUUUACCAAUAUAUGCAAGUGUCUAUUAAUGUGUUU